AUGAAAUGUGUGGAGGGAAGACUGGCUGAAUACCGAAGAAAAGGAGAUGGUAACAGUAAGGUUCCAAAUCGCGAUGCGAUUCAUGAAAAGCAGUUUAGGAGUAGUGAGAACGUAUCCAUUCAGUUCACUGCUAUCAAUAAUUUUAUAAAUAUUCUGCUAAAACCAGUCCGGCUGUGGUCGUGCUUCUAUUAUCAUUACCCACAUUCAUGCAUAGUUUUUACAGUUCUGUCAUGGCUUUUAGCGCAGUGGUGUUUCACUUACAUUGAAUUUGGUCUUGUGUUUUUUCUUUUUUCGCUGUUUGUUUUCUUAUUUAUCAACUUAGGAAAACGAAAAUCGGGAGAAUUGAGCGCCUAUUCUAUAUUUAAUCCUCACUGCGAACGACUGCCUGGUACACUGACAGCUGAACAUUUUGAAAGAGAUUUGUUGAAGAGGAAAAUAUUGCGUGUAUAG